CACCUUGGCUUUAUCUCCUUUAGCAUCCCCUUCAGCCUUUCUCUUGGGCAUGGUGGCGACGGCGGCGGGACGUAGGUGCUGGACGCGGGAUGCAACGCACGCGGGCUUUGGUCGGUCCGGGGGUCGUUGUCGCCUCUUCUUCUUCACACUGCUCCUAAUUUUUGUUAGUUUUUGUUUUCUCUUUUUUGAGACAAGGUCUUGCUGUCUCACCCAGGUUGGAGUGCAGUGGCACAAUCACAGCUCACUGCAGCCUUGAGCUCUUGGACUCCCAAGUAGCUGGGACUUCAGAGAUGGCUGGAGCCGUGUGGAUGGGCAUAAAUGGCUGAUGUCCAGCGGCCAUCGAUGUCAAGUAUCCACGCACCUGGCCUGAGUGGAUCCCUCUGCCUUUCAGAGUCUCACUCUGUCACCCAGGCUGGAGUGCAGUGAUGCGAUCAGGACUCACUGCAGCCUUGAACUCCUGAACUUCUGGGCCCAAGUGAUAUUCCUGCCUCGGCUUCACUACCUGGGACUAAAGAUAGAGCUUCAUGUACCUACGUCUGCAUUUUUCUUUUUGCAGUUUGGGAUAUGAGAUUGAAAAUGACAACUCGGAAUAUUCCUGAGAGAGAAGUACCCUGUGAUGUAGAAAUGGAAGGAUUCACAAGGGAAGCUCCCUGCUUGUCCAUUUUAGGUGAUGGUUGGGACUAUGAGAACCAGGAGGGACACUUGAGUCAAUCAGCUUUAACUCUGGAGAAACCAGGGACUCAGGAAGCAAUUUGUGCAUAUCCUGGUUUGGGGGAGCAUUUGAUUGCAAGCUCAGACCUUCCACCAUCUCAGAGAGUUCUGGCAACCAAUGGUUUCCAUGCGCAUGACUCAAAUGUUAGUGGUCUGGAUUGUGACCCUGCCUUACCCAGCUGUCCUAAAAGUUAUGCAGCUAAGAGAACUGGUGACAGUGAUGCCUGUGGAAAAACCUUCAACCAUUCCAUGGAAGUUAUUCAUGGAAGAAAUCCAGUGAGAGAGAAGCCCUACAAAUAUCCUGAAAGUGUUAAGUCUUGUAAUCAUUUUACCUCUCUUGGUCAUCAAAAAAUAACGAAAAGAGGCAAGAAACUGUAUGAAGGUAAGAAUUUUGAGGACAUCUUGACCCUCAACUCAUCGCUUAAUGAAAACCAGAGAAAUCUCCCUGGAGAGAAACAAUAUCGAUGUACUGAAUGUGGCAAAUGCUUCAAACGGAACUCUUCUCUUGUUUUGCAUCACCGAACUCACACCGGAGAGAAGCCUUAUACUUGUAAUGAGUGUGGAAAGUCCUUCUCCAAGAACUACAACCUGAUUGUGCAUCAAAGGAUCCACACAGGAGAGAAGCCCUAUAAAUGCAGUAAGUGUGGGAAAGCUUUCAGUGAUGGGUCAGCUCUGACGCAGCACCAGAGAAUUCACACAGGUGAGAAACCUUACGAAUGCCUGGAAUGUGGAAAAACCUUCAACCGAAAUUCAUCCUUAAUUUUGCACCAAAGAACUCAUACAGGGGAAAAACCAUACAGAUGUAACGAGUGUGGAAAACCCUUCACUGACAUCUCCCACCUUACAGUGCAUCUCAGAAUCCACACCGGUGAGAAGCCCUACGAGUGUAGCAAAUGUGGAAAAGCUUUCCGGGACGGCUCGUACCUCACCCAGCACGAGAGGACUCACACUGGAGAAAAGCCCUUUGAGUGUGCAGAGUGUGGGAAAUCCUUCAACAGAAACUCUCACCUCAUUGUGCAUCAAAAGAUCCAUUCUGGGGAGAAACCCUAUGAAUGUAAAGAAUGUGGCAAGACUUUCAUCGAGAGUGCAUACCUCAUCAGGCACCAGAGGAUUCAUACUGGCGAGAAGCCCUAUGGCUGCAACCAGUGUCAGAAACUUUUCAGGAAUAUCGCUGGCCUCAUUAGGCACCAGAGGACUCAUACUGGUGAGAAGCCCUAUGAGUGUAAUCAGUGUGGCAAAGCCUUCAGGGACAGCUCCUGUCUGACCAAGCACCAGAGAAUUCACACUAAGGAAACCCCAUAUCAGUGUCCAGAAUGUGGGAAGUCCUUCAAGCAGAACUCUCACCUGGCAGUACAUCAGAGACUCCAUAGCAGGGAGGGUCCCAGCCAGUGUCCUCAGUGUGGAAAAAUGUUCCGAAAGAGCUCAUCCCUUGUUCGACAUCAAAGAGCACACCUGGGAGAGCAACCCAUGGAAACCUAAUAGCCUGGGGCCACAUGAGUCUUCCAGUUCGCUCUCAUGCCUGUGUUUAGGAGGCGUGUCUUACAUCUGACUCCUCUCUGGUCAGUAGAAAAGAAUUCUUUAAGCUAUCCAGUGAAUUGAUGAAUGUGAGACAUUGCUGAGCCACACUGUUAAGUCUGCUCAUUGGGGAACUCAGGAGACAACUUAGGAUGGUAGUAAAUGCAGAAAAGUCUUUGGGGAUGAUUCAUUCUGUACCAGACAUGACAGCACACACACUGGAAUGAAAGUGCAAACAUGGGGGUGACACUUCCUGCAGAGAGAGCCCGUGAAUGCAUUCGGAACACGAUUGGAACGAAGAGCCCUGUAGUAGGGAGUUUCCACCUUGUACAUAAGCAAACACUGAAUCAACUUUUUUUUUUUUCCCCAGACAGUCUAGCUGUGUCACCCAGGAUGAAGUGCAGUGUCACGAUCUCCACUCAC